AUGAAAAAAAGUAUUGUUGAUCAGAGCAAUACUGAGGAAGUUGUUGGUAGCAAUACUAAUAAGAUGAGUAAGGAUAGACUUGGAAAGCCAAAAGACUAGCAAGUUAAUCAUUCAAAAAGCAAUUAAGACUCUUAAUAAUAAGGAAAACAUAAGAUAAAAUAUGAAACAGCUUAAUAAUAGAAAGAAAUAAUAUAAAGAAAUAUGGAAAAAUAUAAAUAGAUAUUUGACAGUAAGUUUUUGAAUGAAGGAGAUUAGUAGCAAAAAUAAAAUAGCUAAUAAAUAAUUUAUAGCGGAAGAAGUAACCCUGCAAUAUCUGAAAAUCAACAACCAACGUUGAGUAUGUAAAAUGAUACAAAUAAUACUGGAAAAAAAUUAUAGUUUAGAUAUAAUUCUUAAGGAAACUUAUCACCUACAAAGAGACAUGAAAUAUCAAUUAUUUAACCUUCAAAUGCUUAGAAUUAACAAGCUUAUGCUUAAAUGACAUCAAACAAUGAUUUAUCAACUUCAUUUAUACCUAAAAAUAUAUUCGAAGAUAUUUUAACUAAUCCUAUAAAAGACAAUUCAUAACAGGUUACUCUGAAUGCUUUUAAGAGUGUGAAGGUUUCUUCUACUAGGCUAGAGCCAAUAAGUGGUUUGUAUUCUCAAGGAGAAAAUAGGCUUGCUGAUGAAUAGCUUAGGUAGAAAGCUCAAAACGCUUAAUAAUUAUUGUCACAAUAAAAAAAAUUACAGCUUAAAAGUAUAAAAUCUAAUCAUGAUAUCUCUUACUUCAAAGAUCAAAAAGAUUAUAGGUACUCUGGCCACAUAGAUCCACAAACUGCAACAAAUACUUACAUCCUUAAAAAUCCUGCUGUUCUCUUUCAUUCAAGUUAAGAACAAAAGAAAGGAAAUGUUUAUAUUCAAAUGUAUGAGCACUCUCAUAAUAAAGAAAAAUUUGAUACUGAUUUGAUUUCUAUUUAAAAUAAAAUUCUUAUGGAAGAGCAAAGAAAAUCAGUAAGUUAGUAAAAUAUUAAAAGUCAUAAUAUUAGCAAUAUUUUAAGCCAUACUGGUGCUAAAAUUAUGGAUUCAAAUAAGACUUCAAUGCAAAAUCUUACUCAAAAUCAAUUACCUUUUUCAGUCAAUAAUUUAGAUUCUAAAUAAAUUCUGUAGAAAAGAAUGUCGGCUGAUUAAAACAAUAUUAAUUAAUAGUAAUAAUCCUAGAGUUAAAAUAAUUCAAUAAUAUAAAGCGGAUUUUCAGUCUCUGGAGGGUAAAAAUUUAGAUCUAAUAAAGACAUUCUUCUAACAAAGCCAACUAAUAGAAGCGAAGUUGUAGAAUUAGAAAACUGGUUAACUGAAAUGAUUGAUAAAGUACAGCUAAAUGAGUACAUGAAUAUUAAAGAAGUAUUUGACUAAAUUUAAAUUAUUUACGUUGCUUGCAUGAAAGAAUUGAUUAGAUAAAUCACAAUUCAGUGCAAAGAUAGAGGUAGACUCCUUUAAAAGGUAUGGGAUUCUUAUCUUGAUAUCCUAUAGAGAGGUAUUGACCAAACUUAGAACUCAAAAAUAGGUGAAGAAAAAGAAUAUCUAGAUGAAGUUACUAGAAUUCAUAAAAUGUAUGAUCAAACAAUUAAAUUAAUCGAAACUGAGCUAGAAAAAAAAAAGAAAGAAGUCAAAGAUCAGUCAAAAUAGUCAGAACAGUUAACAGAUGCGAUUCACUACUUUAGAAAAAAAGUUAAAAUGUAUGAAAUAGAAAUAAAAAAAGCUCAGUAAAUGGAAGAAGAAUUAAGAUUUGAGCUCGAGGCUGCUUUAAGUGAAAAUUUAAAGCUAAAGUUAUUACAAGGAGAUAAUAAAGUGCAUGACGAUAAUCACCAAAAUUAUCAUCACAGCAAUCAUAAUUAAUCAAAAAAUUCAAAUCAAGUUAGCUUAUCGAAUACUGUAGGAGAAGAGUAAUUUUAAUAAUAAAACUAAGACUUAGAAGGAAUAAAAAGCAUUUAAUAAAUAAAUUUUGAGAAUGCACUAUCAAAAAAGAGCUCAGUUACUAAUCUGAAAGUCGUUGAAAAGAAGAGCAAAGUAUCUGUUGUUUCCCAUUUAAUUAAUUUUAAUAAGAGGAAUAUGGUAGAAGAUGAAGAUGAUGAGAAAAAAAAGAAAGACUACUUAAAUUCUUUUAAAUACUCAGCUUAAGAAAAAGAUGCAAUGAGUGAUGAUUCUGACAUAUUUGGAAAAAACGAGGAGAAAGAAAGCAGACAGAAUGAAUUAGAAUUUUUUAUGGAGGAAGAAAAAAAAUUGGCAGAUUUAAAGAUACCAGAAUUAGAACUAUUUGACAUCGUUGAAACAGGAGUGCAGACUGAUGAAAUUAAAAUUUCAGAAAAUGAACACAUUAAUUUUUUGAUUAAAGAGCUCUCAUAGAAUAGCAUUUUUGCUGAUUCUUCUCCUGAACUAACCAAAAUAUAUACAAAUUCUUAUCAAAUAGUUAAACAGAGUGCAUUAGAUCUUAGUUAAAAAGAAACUAUUUUAAAUGCGUUAGAUCAUUGCAAGUUACAAGUUGUUACUUAUGAAAAAUUAGCUUAUGUUAAUGGACAGCUUGCCUCUAAAAACACUGAAUUAUAAUAAUAAACUCUCGAUCUUGGUAUUUAAUUAAAAGAAGUUGAACAAAAUUAUUAAGACAAAAAGAGAAGAUGGAAGAAGAGAGCCUUAACAUAUAUUGAAAAAAUUAAAUCGUAAGAAGAAUAGAUUCAGACCUUAGAAAGCACAACUGAAUAAAUGGAAUAAAAGCUUUUAAAAAAUAUUAAAUAAAAAUAAAUGGUUACUGCUGUUAUUGGUUAGUUGUUGAAAAAACCUACUCAAAUAUAAGAUUAAGAUAAGUUGGAAGUAUUAGACUAACAUCAUGUUAAUUAGGACUAAGAAGAAAAUAUCUUAUCAACAGAAGAAUUAAAUGAAUAAAAAAAUAUGACUGAUUCUUAGUUUAUUGGAUCUUUAAUUUUAGAAUAGUAGCAGGAAUUAAAAAAUCUAUAAUUACCUGAAUAAUAAGGUCUGUAAAGGAUUUUAUCCUAAUAUUUAAGCAAAGAAGUUUUAGAAGAAAAUGGUGAGCCUAAGUCUAGAGAAGAAUUAAAUAAGUUGCUUAUAAAAUUAGGAGGUAGAAGGGAAACAGAUAUGUAAUUUAGCAGAGGAAAGAAAAAUAAAGGUUCUAUCAUAGAAUCUAAAAAAUUAGCUUCACAAACAAAAUAGACAAAAAGAAUUUACUCUCAAAAUACUAAUUAAGCAACUAAUAUUCUAGAAAAUAUUCUUAAAAAGAGAAAUUCUAUUAAAAGUGCUGUUGUUCCUCUAGCUUCCAUCUAAAAAUUCUUUACUGUAGUAUAUUAAGAAAUUCUCAAAAAUGAAUAAGCAUUUAGAAUACCCUUACAUGUUUCCUGCUAUGAUAUUUUGAUACAAAAGCAUGGCCUAAAAAGAGUUGCAGAAGAUAAGCUAGCUAGAAUUAUGAAGAGCGUUUAUGCUUAUAAAGAUAAAAAUAUUAAAAUGGAAAUGGUAGCAACUUUCCUUGGUCUUAAUCAUAAAUACGAUGAAACAGAUUACUACUAUUUCUUGUUGGGCUUAAAGUACUUCCAAAACAUAAACCAUAAUAUUUUAAAUUUAAAUAGCGAGCAUGGCUAAAUAGUAACUGAAAAAGCUAUUGAUUUUAUUAAUAUUUACUUUUAAGAUAAGUUAGAAAAAGAAGGAUUCAACAAGCUUAUUACAGAUAUAAAGAUGACCUCACUUUAAAAAGGUAUUGAACUUGAAUUGUUGAUAAAGAAAUGUCUAUUUUAUUAUUCAGAAAGAAAAGAAAAAUACAAGAAACAUAUAGAGGAUAUAUUCUAUGCUACUGAUCUCGAUGCAAAUGAUUAAAUUGAACUCUAUGAAUUUGACUUAAUUUUCAGGUUCAUUGAAAAAGAUAUUUAUGAUAUUAAUAAAGUUGAAGAAAUUUUCUUUGAUGAAGCGGACAAUAUAAAUCCAAGUAAUGGAGAAAAGGCUCUAUCUCUAAAUAAGUUUGUUAAUCUUUGUGUGUAAAAGAAUUUGUUCAGCUAAGAAAAAUGCUAAGCAUUCAAUUAAAAUUUCAAAGAACAUGGAGUAGCAACUAACUUUGAACAACUAAAAGAAAAUGCUUCAGAAUACAAAAAAUAAAUUAAAAACAGAUUCUUAAAAGCAGGUAAAUUUAUGUCAGAAAUUAAGCAAAUUAUCAAAACUCUCUUUAAGUUAAUUGCAGAACCUUCGCCAUAGAGACCAAAUAGUCUGUGGGUAAGUUACUUACUUAUGGAAAAAGAGUCUAGGUCUAUCCUUAUAGAUUUUGAAGCUAAUAUUUUAUUACAAAACUUGCUUCCAGUAAAAAUUCAAAUGCUUGAUAUUAUUGGCAGAAGAUUUGAAGAAAUACUUUGA